UUCCUAAAUCUGCAGAUAUUCUAACAAGAUUGUAGUCUUGAAGACAUCGCUCUUGAAAUCUUUCGAAGAGGUAUCACUCUGAAGUAUCAUCAUACUUCGAUAUGAGUCUUCAGGAUAUCAUAGAGCCAAAGGAAGUGGAGGAAGUGUUGGUGUCUCAUUUGAAGGAAAAUAAUAAGAUCUAUCGGGAAGGGCCGCAACCGUGGACCAUUCGUUUUUCGCCAUUAAAUGGCCGUGGCAUGUUCGCUACUCGAGACAUCGAACAGAAUGAGUUAAUUUUCGUUGAUGUACCUAUAUUAAUCGGGCCAAGGUGUACAACCAAACAUCUUCAACUAUGCGUGUGCUGUUACAAGAACGAGUGCCCGUUAUUUCCGUGCGAUAGAGGCUGCGGCCUGCCAGUUUGCUCGACUCGAUGUGAAAAUUCGCCAAAGCAUGUCAACUAUGAAUGCAAGUAUUUAAGAUCAUUGGUACCGACUUGCGGUACCGAUUGGUCUCCGAGUUUGCUGAUGACCGUGACAGCCGUCCGCGCGCUUUUCAUGACGGAACAACAACGUAAAUGCUUAGCGACACUUCAGCGUGAUCAAUCCUUGAUUUACAACUACGAGCUCGAACAACUUAAGAAAAAUGUGGCCAAUCCUCCGAGCGAGAAAGAUAUGGAGCUGAUGAAGCAUGUGUGCGAAGUUUUUAGUACGAACUCGUUUGAAACGGUCGCGGUUCACGACAAGGAUCGUUCUACGAGCUUACGAGGACUUUAUCCAAUUGCCUCGUUGCAAAAUCACUGUUGCGUACCUAAUACAAGACAUCAUUUCGAUGGAGAAUUUCAGAUGUAUGUUAGCGCUGCAUUCCCGAUUGCUGCUGGAGAGGAGAUCACUAUGACCUAUACGACUUUAUUUUGGGAUACGACGUUGCGACGACAAUUUCUAAGCGUAACUAAACACUUCUCUUGCAUGUGCAAACGGUGCAGUGAUCCCACGGAAUUUAGAUCUAGAUUGGCUGCACUUUUGUGUGCAUCCGAUAAAUGUUCCGGAGAGUUAUUACCGCAAGAUCCUCUUAAUAUGACCACUCCUUGGAUCUGUGAUAAAUGUGCCACAAUUAUAAGUCAUCAGCAGAUAUGUUCGAUUCGUUCAGGUAUAGCGGCUAUCGUGGAGGAAGUUCUACACAAAACACCACGUGAGAUCUAUCGAUUUCUGCAAAAAGAGUUCUCACUUUUGGUUCCUUGGAGCAAUUACCUCAUUGUAGAUCUGAAGUUUCGAAUUAUUUCUUAUUAUGGUAGAAAUGAUGGCGAAAAAUGGGAAGAUUUAACUGAUACCGAGUUGGAUCUAAAGAUAAAAUUCUGCAACGAAUUACUUUGUCUAUUGGAUACUUUAAAUUGUGGUGAUUGUAGAAAAAGAGGUCUUAUUUUAUAUGAAUUAUACUGCACAAAUUUGGAAAAAAUAAAACGAUGUAAAUCAAACAUUGAAAAAAUUGAUGAAAAUCAAUGUUUAUUUAAAAAGGCAAUUGCUAUAUUGCAAAAUGAUGCUGUUUCAGAGAUUGCGCUCAAAUAUGAUAAAAAUUAUUUCAAACAGCUAAUUACUGUAUAAAGAUACUGUAUAAAAAAUAUUAUUGACAAAUAACAUAAAGUUAAUUCAUAAUUGUAUAAUAAAAAAAAACUUAGAAUAAUAAGGAAAACGUGUGUAACUUUGAAAAUAAAA